AUGGUGCAGAUUCAUCCUGUCCAAGCAGUACCGGUAGACUCCGGCAUCGGAGAAGUCAAGAGCUCGCCGUACGUGACGACGGAGCAAGAGAGUUUCACGAUUUGGAUGAGAUCACUGGUGUACCAUAGCAAAGGCUGCACAGUUUAUGAUUCCAAAGGAAACUUAAUCUAUCGAGUGGAUAACUAUGAUUCCAAGAGUUGCGGUGAAGUUUACCUUAUGGACUUAUACGGAGAAGUCUUGUUUGAAUUUCAACAAAAGUUUGGAUUAUUCAAAUCUUGUGAAGGAUGCAACUCAAACGGGACAAGAUUUCGACUAAGAAAGAACUUCAAGAUUUCGUCAAGAGGUUCAUCUUCGUCUUACAAAGUUGUGAUGGAAUCUAGUAAAGAUGAUCAACAAUCUUGUUAUAAGAUUUUGAAUCAUGGGUCGGUUUUCACAAUCGAAGAUGGAUCAGGGAGAUUUAUGGCAGAAGUCAAAAAGAAAAGAUCGAACGUUAAUGGUUUAGAUUUUGGAGAAGAUGUAUUGACAAUGGUGGUGGAGCCACAAGUAGACCAUUCUUUCAUCAUGGGUAUUGUUAUAGCUUAUGGUCUUCUCAAAUCUAAAUUGUGAUUUGAUUAUUUUUGGCUGUGGUCGAGUUAUUUUUGUAGAUUUAAUGAUGUAAGUGAAAUACACAACUAUUUUGGGAGCCAA